AAAGGAGUAGCUAUAGCUAUACAUCAUCUCUUUAUUUUAUACCAUUCCUCCAUUAAUCUUAUUCUCCCAAGCUUUCUCUCUCUACAAAAAAAAUCACAAAUUUAUACAAAAAUUGUCACACACACACUUCUUUAGAUUCUUCAAAUUUCUUCAAGCUUACAACAAGUUCAACAUCAAAAUCUCAAAUUCAUUAUAAAGAUCCGAACUUUAUUACAUUUCUUGAAUACCCACUUGAAAUUUCCUUAAAAAUCCAACCUUUAUCAUCUUCAAGAUUUACAUACACUUGUAAAGAUCCAAACUUUAUUACAUUUCUUCAAUACCCAUUUCAAAUUUCCUGCAAAAUACACCUUUUUUAGCUUCAAGAUUUGCAUAUACUUACAAAUAUAUGUAUGUGCUUAUCAUUUAAGUGUAAAGAUCCAAACUUUAUCACAUUUCUGGGAUACCCACUUGAAAAUUUCUGAAAAACCCAUCUUUAUUAGCUUCAAGAUUGUCAUAUACCUAUACACAAAAACAUGGAAAUUUCUUGGAGAAUAUUAGCUGGUACGUAUUUUUGUUGAAGGUGAAGUUGUUAUAUGUGUUUCUUUUGUGUUGAUUGGCUUUUAGUUGCAUAAAGAUCGAGUCUUUUGUCAGAGAGAGAACACAGGGACUGAGAGACCGGGAGAGAGAGAACAGGGAGUGAGAUAACAGGGAGAGAGAGAACAGGGAGAGAGAACACAGGGAGUGAGAGAACAGGGAGAGAGAUUUUUGUAUUCAAGAUGGUUUCUGUAGGAGAUUCACACUCAAGUAUGACCCGCUUUCCCUCAACCCGACCCUAUUACUACACACCACCACCAUCAUCAUCCAAGCUACAACGCCCAUUGGGUCGUUCCAUGAGAACAAUUAGAUCUACACUUUACCAAUCUGAUGAACAAUCCUUCAUUUCCAGGCCUAAUUCACCCCCUUCAACUUAUGUUUCCGAAAACUUAACCGACUCGGUAAUGGACCUCAAAUUGGGUGAAUUAGCUACCAAACCCUCGAAAACGACUCCGUCUUUGGAAGAAUCGGAGAAGUUUUUGGAGUUUUCGCAGGCCUUUAGUGAUUUUUCGGCCUGUAGUAGUGAUAUCUCUGGGGAAUUGCAGCGUUUGGCUACGUUGCCUAGUCCAGAGACUCCAGGAUUAACUGACCCUAUUCGAGAGCCUGAACCGUGUCAGGGGUUUUUAGAAAGGGAGAAUUUUUCGACGGAGAUAAUUGAGAGUAUUUCUCCUGAGGAUCUUGCACCUACUGUGAAAAUGUGUAUUGAUGGACUUAAUUCAAGUUCGAUUAAUGUUAAGAGGUCAGGGGCUGCGAAACUGAGGAUGUUAGCGAAGAAUAGAGCGGAUAAUAGGGCGUUGAUUGGGGAAUCGGGGGCUGUUCCUGCUUUGAUUCCUCUUUUGCAUAGUAGUGAUCCGUGGACUCAGGAGCAUGCGGUGACUGCUUUGUUGAAUUUAUCUCUGCUGGAAGAGAAUAAGAAGGUGAUUACGAAGCACGGAGCAAUUAAGCCUUUGAUUUAUGUCUUGAAGACGGGGACGGAGACGUCUAAGCAAAAUGCAGCUUGUGCGUUGUUAAAUUUGUCGUUUUUGGAUGAGAAUAAGGUUUCAGUUGGUGCUAGUGGGGCAAUUCCGCCGUUGGUUGCGUUGUUGAAGAAUGGAUCGAGUAGAGGGAAGAAGGAUGCGAUAACGACGUUGUAUAAGAUUUGUUCGGUAGAAGUGAACAAGGAGAGAGCAGUGGCUGCUGGUGCUGUGAAGCCGUUGGUUGAGAUGGUGGCAGAGCAAGGGAGUGGUAUGUCGGAGAAGGCAAUGGUGGUGUUAAGUAGUUUGGCAGGGACAGAGAUCGGAAAGAAUGAGAUUGUUGAGGAAGGUGGCAUUCCGGCUUUGGUGGAGGCAAUUGAAGAUGGGUCGAUGAAAGGGAAGGAGUUUGCUGUGGUUACAUUGCUUCAAUUGUGUAGUGAUAAUGUGAGAAAUAGAGGUUUGUUGGUUAGAGAAGGUGCAAUUCCUCCAUUGGUUGCACUUUCACAAUCUGGCACUGCUAAAGCUAAGCACAAGGCUGAAACCCUUCUGGGAUAUCUGAGGGAACCAAGACAAGAAGCUUCAUCUUCAAGUCCUUAGAGGUAUCUAGAUACGUAGUAUACGAUAAUAGAGGUGGUUGGUUUUUGGCUGUAUAUAGGUAGUGUUUUGUUGUUGGUUUGUAUAGGAUGGUUGAGAUUUUUUUGAGUGUUUUUACCAUGGGUGUGAGCAGUUUAGUACUAAAGCCACUGACUGUAGGUUGUAUGGUUGUUGACUAGUUCUAUUAUGUUUGUACUCCUGUUAGGUGCUUCUCCGGUGGAGGAUUUGGGUUGCUGAUCCUUGUGUUUUGUUAUAGGUCUGAUCCAGAUUCUGUCUAGAACUCUAGAUAUAUUGUAUUACACGUAGUUUAUUGUAUUCUCAUAACUUUAUUCAUAUAUAAUGAUGAUCUUUUCCUUUGUUA